AUGGUGAACAAACUGAGUGGUGUUGAUCGUGUGCGAGCUCAUCUGUUAGGAGAAGGCCCAAGCAGCAAGGAUAUUGUGAGUUGUCCUCUCAUCCCAGGUAACAAGAAAGCGGAUCUGCUCAAUAUGCAAAAGGUUAUUGAUUCCGAGAAAGGGGCAAGGGGGAAGAAACGGCCGAAUGAAUCUGGUGGUGCUUCUAUGAGAAUGGAUGGCAAUGUCCAAGGAUUUCCACCGGUGGUAUCAUCCCAGUCAAGUGGAAGUGGCUGCAGUUCCCUGUUUUUUAGCAAACAGAGUCAAGUCCAUAUUGUUGAUUCGAUGGAUCCUGAGCGGAAGAACCGAGUUGAUGUGGCUAUCAAAAGAUUUUUCUGGAAUGAACACAUUCCAUUUGUCAAGGCUCGGUCACCUUACUUCCUCAAUAUGAUACAGGAAGUUGCCAGGCAUGGUGUGCCUUAUGCACCACCAAAAUAUGAUGAUCUCCGGGAUAAGCUUUUGGUGAAAGAGAAACGAUUCAUUGACAUUGAGAUGGCGUCCUUGAGGAAGCAGUGGGAGCAGAGGGGUGCAACCAUAUGCGCAGACGGGUGGGCAGAUAGGAGGAAUCGGCAUAUCAUGGGGCUUGUGGCAUAUAGUCAAGGACGAGGAGCUUUUUUGAAGGCUAUCGACAUUUCCUUAACAGGAAAAACAGCUGAAAAUACUCUGCGUUGCUGGGAAGAAGGCAUUAACAUUGUAGGUGCAGAGAACGUUGUCAUGGUUGUGACCGAUGGGGAAAAUGCAAACAGAGCAGCAGCAGCACUUUUGCAACAGAGGUACCCGAAAAUUCAAUGUUUUGCCCAUUGCUUGAACAAUGCCUUGAAAGACUUCGGUGUACUUCCAUGGAUGGCAACACUUCUGGAGCGUGGAAAGUCUUUGGUGAUCUUCGUUAGAAACCACUCUCAUAUAGUGGCACUGCUGGCGGAGUUUACUCACAAGCGAUUGCUGCGUUAUUGUGAUACCAGGUUCGGCUACAACUUCAUUAUGAUGGAGAGGCUGGUGGAGCUCCGAGAAGCUUUACAACAGAUGUUCGUAUGCCCUGCGUACAGAGCAAGGCCUAAGUCGAAGUCGAGAGCAGGAAGGGACAGUUAUGCAACGGUUUUUGAUGACAGUUUCUAG